UAUCUGUAGCAUAGUAGUCACAGAGUACAUAGAUACACAGUACAAAAAGCUUAAAUGGUUUCGUUGUCUGAUCACUGAUGUAAUGUGUUUUUUUCUUUCAAAUAAAGACGAACGCUCUUGGAAUAGUAACGGACAACGAUUUUAGUUAGCCUUCGUUUAUUCUUAAAUAAAGUGGUAUUUUUUUCAUCGAAAAGGCUGUUAAAAUGUCGGAUUUAAACACACAUGAUAAUGGCACUGUUGAAAAUGAAGCAGAACAAAGACCUAAUGGAAGUGGAGACGAAGGCGACGCAUGGGGAAGUCAUGACUCUUCAUCAGCACGUCGCUACGCCAGAAUGCCCGUAGAUAGGAAUGCACCGUUUUAUAAUAUGAACCAUAAGAAUCGUGGAAUGGCAAUCAUAUUUAAUCAUGAGCAUUUCGAUAUUCACAGCUUAAAAUCACGCACAGGAACAAACGUCGAUAGUGAUAACUUAUCAAAAGUACUGAAAAACUUAGGGUUCCGUGUUACCAUACUGCACAAUCUUAAGUCUGGUGAUGUGAACAAAUAUUUACAACAAACAGCUGAAAUGGAUCACACUGACAAUGACUGCUUAUUUAUCUCGGUGCUGACUCAUGGGGAAAUGGGAAUGUUGUACGCAAAAGAUACUCACUACAAAGCAGAUAACCUAUGGUACUAUUUCACAGCUGAUAAAUGUCCAACAUUGGCAGGAAAACCAAAACUUUUUUUCAUUCAAGCCUGCCAGGGCGAUAAACUAGAUGGAGGAAUUACACUGUCUAAUAGAACUGAAACAGAUGGAUCAUCUAGUGCAUCAUACAGAAUUCCAACACAUGCUGACUUUUUGAUUGUGUUUUCUACAGUCCCUGGUUAUUAUUCAUGGAGAAAUACCACUCGUGGCUCUUGGUUCAUGCAAGCCCUCUGUGAAGAGCUCCGCUAUUCAGGUACUGAAAGGGAUAUAUUGACAUUGUUAACAUUUGUAGCACAAAAGGUAGCACUUGAUUUUGAAUCAAACACACCGGAUAUGUUAACCAUGCAUCAACAGAAACAAGUGCCUUGUAUCACGAGCAUGCUCACAAGACUACUUGUAUUUGGCAAAAAACAAUAAUCUACCAAAAAUAAUAGCACUUUAUUGUAUCUUGUUAGUACCAGUAUUAGUGUGAUUUUAGGAAUCCUUUAUGGUUCUCUUUUAACUUAUUAGAUUAAACUUUUAUAGCAUU